AUGGCUGACCAAAACAAGAUGCAUAAUUUGACAACGUUGAUCAAGAGGCUCGAAGCUGCCACGUCCCGGUUGGAGGAUAUAGCAGGCUCCGUCGAUGGUGCAGCACCAAACGCACUUCAAGCUGCUAACAGUAGAGGAACUGAGACCUCAAGCGUGGCGGCGCAAUCACAAACGACCAUAACUCCCAUCCCCGAAGAGAAACCAGCAGAACCACUACCUAGACAAAUAGAAGAGUUUGAUGGGCUUAUAGAAGGAGAUGUCGCAGCUUUCGUUCAAGCAGCGGCUCAAAUAGGAGGUCUUCCAGAGCAACAAGCCAGAGCCGUACAGAGCGCAUUCCAAGCAGAACGAAACUUCCUGCUCAUGACUACCAAGGCGAAGAAGCCAGAUCCUAUGAAGCCGGAAAUUAUUGCUGAGAUUCACAAGUAUAUUUCGGAGGUUGACGAGCUUAAGGAGACGAACAGAGCCUCACCAUUCUUCACCCACCUGAGUAUGGUUUCGGAAGGAAUCGUUGGUCUGGGAUGGAUCAUGGAGACUAGACCUGCCGACUAUGUAGUCUCGGCUUUAGGCGGUGCUCAGUACAACGGCAACAAAGUGCUUAAGGAGUACAAAGAGAAGGAUCCAAACCACGUCAAAUAUGUUCGAGCUUAUGAGAAGGUCUUCAAGUCGUUGGCUACCUACUGCAAGGAGCACUUCAAAACUGGUCUGACAUGGAACAACAAGGAUGGCAUAGAUGCUAUGGAAGCUCUAAACCAGAUACAGUCAGGUGCUCAGACUCCAAAAGCCAGCCAACAAACCAGCGCAGGAGGUCCUCCGCCUCCACCACCGCCACCUCUGCCAGUGUUCGACGACAACGGCAUCCCUGGCCCACCACCUCUGCCUGCUGCUGCAACGGCCGCAAAAGGCGGCGAUAUGACGGCUGUGUUUGAUCAGCUAAAUCAAGGUGAUGGAGUUACGAAAGGCCUCAGAAAGGUCGAUAGAUCAGAAAUGACACACAAAAAUCCUUCUCUAAGAGCCGGCAGCGCUGUGCCACAAAGAAGUGCAUCCCAGACAUCAUUAGGCUCCGGCCGAUCGAAAUCACCCAUGCCCGCCAGAAAGCCAGAGAGCCUAAAGGGCAAGAAACCGGGAAAGAAAGAGCUUGAUGGUCAGAAAUGGAUUGUAGAGAACUUUGAUAACACUGGCAACGAGAUCAUCGAGAUACCGGCAGAGCUUAACCACAGCAUCCUCAUCACAAAAUGCACCAAAUGCAUCAUAAAAGUCAAUGGCAAGGCAAACGCGAUCUCUAUCGACAAUUGCUCAGGCCUGUCUAUACUCGUCGAAUCUCUGGUGUCGAGCAUAGACGUUAUCAAAUCGCCGAAAUUCGCGAUUCAGGUCGAUGGGGUUUUGCCAACUAUCAUGCUAGAUCAGGUUGAUGGAGGUCAAAUAUACCUUCAAGAGGCAAGUAUGAGGGCUCCGCCCGAGAUCUUCACCAGCAAGUGCAGCUCGAUCAACAUCGUCACGCCUCCAACCAACGAUCAGGACGACAGCAAGGAAUCACCCUUGCCUGAGCAGCUGAGAAGCUACUUUCGAAAUGGGAGGUUACACACCGAAAUUGUGGAGCAUGCUGGUUAG